CUCGUUCUGAACCCCGCUGCAAUCCCCAGCGAUAAAUCCCAAGCCAAAAGUUGGCAGAGACCGAACCAAGUCUCCCCCCCAUCACAGCUCGUCAGCAUGGCGGGCUCGGGAAUGGUCUUUUGGAAGCCCGGGACGAUCGCGCCGGGCUCGCUUGUGGAUCGCGUGCCGAGCUCGUCCUCAUCAACCUCGCUGGCGUCGGAUGGACGGGAUGCCGUGGCGGGCGGCUCGAUCGCUGCCGUCUACAACCCAAACAGUCGCCUUGCCAUUGCCGAGCAGCGAAGUCGACUUCCCAUCGCCGCCGUGCGUUCCAACAUUCUGCAUAUGCUUGAGCAAUACCAGGUCUUGAUUGUCGUAGGCGAAACGGGCUCGGGCAAGACAACCCAAAUCCCGCAGUACCUGCACGAAGCAGGCUGGACGGCGGGAGAUCGAGUCGUCGCGUGCACGCAACCGCGAAGAGUUGCUGCAACGUCCGUUGCGACGAGGACGGCCGAGGAAAUGGGCGAAACGGUGGGUGAUUUGGUCGGCUACUCGAUACGCUUCGACGACGUAACAACGCCAGGCAAGACCAAAAUCAAGUUCAUGACGGAUGGCUUGUUGUUGCGAGAGAUGAUGGCCACGCCGCUCCUCAAUCAGUACUCGGUCAUCAUGCUGGACGAAGCGCACGAGCGGACAAUCGCGACCGAGUUGCUUCUCGGCUUGCUGCGCAAAGUGUUGCGGAAGCGACCCGAGAUGCGCGUCAUUGUCUCGUCUGCCACGCUUGACGCAGAAGCCUUUCGCUCUCAUUUCAAUCUGAACACGGAUGCGAGUGAUCCGAGCAAGGACACCGCCGCCAUCUUGACCGUGCCAGGUCGGACAUUUCCCGUCGACGUCCAGUACCUGUCGCAACCCACCCCGGACUACAUCAAGGCUGCGGUCGAUGCUGUGAUGAACAUUCACACCGAAGAGCCGGCUGGUGAUGUUCUCGUUUUUCUGACGGGCCAAGACGAAAUCGAGCGAGCCAUCACCUUGCUGAACGACCGAGUGGAUGCGCUGCUUGUCGACGCUGCCGCUGCCAAACGGCGGUAUCAGCAACAGCAGCAGCAGCAUCACCACGGCGAUCGUGGUCGACUUGCUGCUCCUCCGGCUUCUUACAUGAAUAUGCGAGUCUUGCCACUGCACGGCGCGCUACCCUUUCAAGAGCAAUUGGCAGCAUUUGAAGCGCCGCCUCGAGGCACGCGCAAAGUUGUCAUUUCGACCAAUGUGGCAGAAGCAAGUGUCACCAUCGAUGGCAUCGCGUACGUGGUCGACUCUUGCCAUGUCAAGCUCAUGGUCUAUCGCCCAGACGCCGGUCACGAGUCGCUCAUGAUUGUGCCCAUUUCGCGUGCUUCUGCCCAGCAACGGGCGGGUCGUGCCGGCCGCACCCGUCCAGGCAAAGCCCUUCGUCUGUGCACCGAGUCCGACUACUGCACACUUCUUCCAGAACGGAGUGUGCCGGAAAUCCAGCGCGUCGAGCUGGCGCCCGUGCUGUUGCAGCUCAAAGCGCUUGGCAUUGACAACCUGCUGCAUUUUGAUUUUCUUUCGCCGCCCGUCACGGAAACCGUCGCGAGGGCGCUUGAGCUCUUGUUUGCGCUCGGCGCGCUCGAAAGCAACGGUCGCCUUGCCAUUCCAUUGGGCAUCCGCAUGGCAGAGCUGCCCAUCCCUGUCAUGCAAGCCAAAAUGCUGCUCGCCUCUGCUGAACUCGGCUGUAGCGAGGAGAUUGUGACCAUCGCAGCCAUGCUCCAAGUCCAAAACUUGUUCUCCAGCUCGGCGAGCAACCGCGAUGCGAGCGGGUCGGACUUUGCAGCGUCGGGAAAUGCUGUUGUGGACGCGGCACGCUCGCGAUUUGGCGUCACAGAGGGCGAUCACCUGACGCUGUUGAACGUUUAUUUGGCCUACAGCCAGCACGGCGUUGGUCAGCACGGCGACAAGUGGUGCGGCCGCAUGAAUCUCAAUCCGCGAGCCAUGCAACGAGCCGUGCAAAUUCGCCAUCAGCUCAUGCGGUAUCUGACCAAGUUUGGCGUUGCGAUCGAGUCGGCCUUCGGAAAGCACCGCUCGCGCAACAGCCAGAGUCGCAAUCCGUCCGACGAUGAAGCAACCGCUGCUGCACAGACGAUCCGACGGUGCAUUGCAGCCGGGUACUUUGCCAACGCCGCGCGGCUCAAGCCUGACGGUUCCUACCGCUCGUUGCGCUACGACCUUGACCUGGCCAUCCACCCAUCGUCCGUGCUGUACUACCAAGUCACGCAGAAGCUCCACCGUCCCUUGCCGCCUCCAAAGUACGUAGUGUUUCACGAAAUUGUGCAAACGACGCGGACGUUCAUGCGCGACAUUACGGCCAUUGAGCCCGAGUGGCUGCUCGAACUCGCUCCGCACUUUUACCAAAAGCCCGCCAUGCAGGCAGUUGGUCCAUCUAGCAGCUCGGUCGAGCCUGGCUCUGUCUCUGCGUCCCUGCUUGGCGAGACGUGGAUGGACAAUUUCGCCGUUUCGCGCAAAAAGCCUCGCGCGCUAUAAAAUUUGGUUGUCUUGUACUAUAAUAACAUUAUUUCUGUA